GCCGCACGGCGGGCAGGCAGCAGGCAGCAGGCAGCGGCCGCUGGGGCGUGGGGCCGCGCCUGGGAGGCGGCGGCGAACCGAACCGAACCGAGGUUGUGAGCUGUGCCCAAGCAGAGUGCUGAGAACAGCCCCUGGAAGCAGUCACGGGGUGACCGGCGGUCAUGACAACGGAGACAGGCCCUGGUUCGGAGGUGAAGAACGCCCAGGAGGAGGCUCAGCAGCAGCAGCAGCAGCUGGAGGUGGCUGCCCCAGGCCCCGCUGCUGCCAGCCCCGCCGGCCGUGAGGCCGAGGCCAGUGAGAGGUCCCUGGCACAGACCGAUGCCCGGAGCGUGGAGCUGGGCACAGAGAUGGAAGAGAAGGACUACAGUGAGACAGAUGGGCUGUCUGACAAAACAACCCCCAGCAAGACCCAGAAGUCACCCCAGAAAACCACCAAGAAGGUGAAGAGUGCCCUUUGCAGAGUGACCCUGCUCGAUGCCUCUGAGUACGAGUGUGAGGUGGUGAAACAUGCUCGAGGCCAGGUCCUCUUUGACAUGGUGUGCGAGCACCUCAACCUCCUGGAGAAGGAUUACUUCGGCCUCACCUUCUGCGACUCAGACAGCCAAAAGAACUGGCUGGACCCCUCCAAGGAGAUCAAGAAGCAGAUUCGCAGUGGGCCCUGGAACUUCGCCUUCACUGUGAAGUUUUACCCUCCAGACCCUGCCCAGCUCACGGAGGACAUCACAAGAUAUUAUCUGUGCCUGCAGCUCCGUGCAGACAUCAUCACGGGGCGUCUGCCCUGCUCCUUUGUUACCCAUGCCCUGCUGGGCUCCUAUGCUGUGCAGGCUGAGCUGGGGGAUUAUGAUGCUGAGGAGCAUGUGGGCAACUAUGUCAGCGAACUCCGCUUUGCCCCCAACCAGACACGGGAGCUGGAGGAGCGCAUCAUGGAACUGCACAAGACUUACCGGGGAAUGACCCCUGGAGAAGCAGAGAUCCACUUCCUGGAGAAUGCCAAGAAGCUCUCUAUGUAUGGGGUGGACCUGCACCACGCCAAGGACUCAGAGGGCAUUGAUAUCAUGCUGGGUGUCUGUGCCAAUGGCCUCCUCAUCUACAGGGACCGGCUGAGGAUCAACCGCUUUGCCUGGCCCAAGAUACUCAAAAUUUCCUACAAAAGGAGCAACUUCUACAUCAAGAUCCGCCCGGGUGAGUACGAGCAGUUUGAGAGCACCAUUGGCUUCAAGCUGCCCAACCACCGCUCUGCCAAGCGUCUCUGGAAGGUCUGCAUCGAGCAUCACACCUUCUUCAGGCUGGUGUCCCCAGAGCCACCCCCCAAGGGCUUCCUGGUGAUGGGCUCCAAGUUCCGCUACAGUGGCCGCACGCAGGCUCAGACCCGUCAGGCCAGCGCCCUCAUCGACCGCCCGGCGCCCUUCUUCGAGCGCUCCUCCAGCAAACGGUACACCAUGUCUCGCAGCCUUGAUGGAGAGUUCUCGCGCCCAGCCUCUGUCAGUGAGAACCACGAUGCCGGGGCGGAGGGUGAGAAGCAGGAUGAUGGUGAGUUUGGCAGCAGGAGACGGUCUGAAACGGAGGAUGAGGAGGUGACCACCCCGACAAAAAUCAAGGAGCUGAAGCCGGAGCACGAAACGACUCCCAGGCACAAGCAGGAGUUUUUAGACAAGCCAGAAGAUGUUUUGCUAAAGCAUCAGGCCAGCAUCAAUGAGCUGAAACGGACCCUGAAGGAGCCCAACAGCAAGCUGGUUCACAGAGAACGGGACAGGAGGCUGCCUUCUUCACCAGCCUCUUCCUCACCCAAGCAUGAGGAUGAAACACCAAAGGGAACGCCAGAAAAGGCCAGUGAGAGAGCAGGCUUGAGGGAGGGAGCCGAGGAGAAAGCUAAACCACCUCGGCACCGGGCUCCCGAGAGUGACACCGGUGAUGAGGAGCAGGACCAGGAGAAGGACUCGGUCUUUCUGAAGGACAACCACCUGGCCAUUGAACGCAAAUGCUCCAGCAUCACGGUCAGUUCUACCUCCAGCCUGGAAGCAGAAGUGGACUUCACAGUGAUCAGUGACUACCAUGGCACUGCCUUUGAGGACAUCUCCCGGAGCCUGCCCGAGCUGGACAAGGACAAGAGUGAAAUGGAAAACGAAAGCCUGGUUUCCUUCCAGCACACUGGCAAAGUAGUUGCUGGAUUGGAAGAGGAUGCCAAGGGCAGGGAAAAGGUCUCCCAGCCCAGCUCGGAUGUCUCCCAGCUAGAGUCGUCAUCCCCAAAAACAGAUGCUGAGACCACGGGCCUGGGGCUGGGCAUGAAGAAGCCUGAAGCAGACAGCUCCACUCCACACCAGGUGGAAGGAGGAGGCAGCCUGGGCAGCAGGGAGGCCACAGCCAUGGCUCAUGGUGGCACUGCAGAGACAGCUCUGGUGACCUCAGACCACAGCACCAAGGCUGGGAAAGGGACCGUUCCCUCCGCAGACCUUCGCUCCCUCUCACCGAUCACCAGCAGCUCUGCUGGGAAGGAAAUGCUCACCAGCAUAUUCAGUGCCACUGCUGAAACCCUCUCAACUUCCACUACUACCCAUGUUACCAAGACUGUGAAGGGAGGGUUUUCAGAGACCCGGAUAGAGAAACGCAUCAUUAUCACAGGAGAUGAAGAUGUGGACCAGGAUCAGGCACUGGCUUUAGCAAUCAAAGAGGCAAAAUUACAGCAUCCUGACAUGCUGGUAACCAAAGCUGUGGUAUACAGAGAAGAAACAGAACCUUCUCCAGAGGAAAGGGACAAGAAACCUCAGGAAUCUUGACCAACAAGUUGAUGGAAGUUGGCAUCUGUAUUCAAACCUGGAGAACAGCGGAGAAGGAGCCUUCAUGCUGGAUUUGUCAGCAAGAUACAGACAUCCUGGCUGCAAUGUUCAUGGCGAGAGACAAAAAUUAAAAAAAAAAAAAAGGAAUAGCAAAUAUAUAUUAUAUAUAUAUAUAUACAUACAUAUAUAUAUAUAUAAACAGGAAACAAAAUGCAUCCUUGCACUGCUGCUGUAUGCUGGAAAUGAAUAGCAAACAACACCACCAACAAACAAAGCCAA